UGCACCACCAGCACCAACCUCUACACCGUACGAUAAGCAUUCAUCCCCAUGGCCUCGUUAUUCUUCAAGAGUCCCCUUGACAUCGAUCUACGGUUGGAUGGCGAAGAUGAGAGAAAGAUGGUAGAGGUCAAGGUCGACAAGGACCGGAGGGAGAAGGCACCGCUCUACCUCGAUGGUGAAUCCGUAAAAGGCUCCGUUACAAUUCGACCAAAGGACAACAAGCGACUCGAACACACCGGUAUCAAAGUCCAAUUCAUUGGCUCUAUCGAACUCUUCUUUGAUCGCGGGAACCACUACGAGUUCCUCUCGCUCGUACAAGAACUCGCCGCACCAGGCGAAAUGCGAAACGCGCAAACCUUCGACUUCGAGUUCAAGAACGUCGAGAAGCAGUACGAAUCCUACCACGGAAUUAACGUAAAACUACGCUACUUCGUCCGCGUAACAGUAAGCCGCCGCGUCGCCGACGUUGUCCGCGAGAAGGAAUUGUGGGUCUAUUCCUACCGUCCCGUUCCCGAAUCCAACUCCUCCAUCAAGAUGGACGUCGGAAUCGAGGAUUGUCUCCAUAUCGAAUUCGAGUACUCGAAAUCAAAAUACCACCUUAAAGACGUCAUUGUCGGGAAGAUCUACUUCCUCCUCGUCCGACUUAAGAUCAAACACAUGGAGCUCUCCAUCAUUCGGCGAGAAACAACAGGCGCGGCACCGAAUCAAUACAACGAAUCUGAAACGAUCACUCGGUUCGAGAUCAUGGACGGCGCACCAGUCCGUGGUGAAACGAUCCCGAUCAGACUGUUUUUGGGUGGGUUCGAUCUGACGCCGACGUUCCGGGAUGUUAAUAAGAAGUUUUCGACGAGGUAUUAUUUGAGUUUGGUGUUGAUUGAUGAGGAUCAGAGACGGUAUUUCAAGCAGUCGGAGAUUACGCUGUAUCGUUGAGGGAGAGGUAGGAGUGUGGGAAGGGAAGUGAUGUAGGAUGUGGGGAGGUGGACGGAAGAUACCGAGCAGUCAUGCUGGCAUGAUGACAAUAUACCAGGGACUUUACCAUGUUAAGCUUCUACUAAGACCAUUUGCUUGUCAAGAUUGUCGAC